AAUAAUAUCAGCUAACGUGAUGAACGAGCUCAACCCGCCAUUCGUGUUUUAUAGUCAGUGUGAGAGUCACCGUGCUUGGAGCUCCUCCAAUAGAGGUCAAAUGAGCAACUACUGCUGGCUUGUUUAUUACUAUUUUCAUUGUUACUCAAGGUCAGUGGUGUACUGAUAAUCGACUACGAAGUGGUACUCGUGACAGCUAUUUAUCAGAUAAUAAUGAGCAACAGCACGUCAGUGAUCUUCUGCCUUGCUCUACUAUCACUUUUGAACUGCACCGCAAAUGCCGCCAACAUUCUGUCAAUUAUUCCAUUUCCAAUGAAAAGCCAUGAUCGAAUAUACAAGCCACUUCUUUUUGAACUUGCAAAAAAAGGCCACAAUAUAACUGAGAUAACUCAGUUCAAAACAGGCUCUUUACCAAAACAGAAUUACCAUCAAAUUGUGGUCGAGACACGUCAUAAAGAUCUUUAUGAGAUACUGGACUUCCAUGAAAUACGACAAAAAACAAAAAUGUGGAACGUGGGCUUCCAAGAUUUGAAACUAUUUUGGGAUAUGGAUUAUGCAGUGAUUGAAGACAUACUGAAGAGCAAUAGUGUCAACUCAAUGAUAAAUUCAAAAGAUGCCCAUUUCGAUCUGUUAAUCUGCGAAGGAUUUUUUGGAUACGAAGCUUUGUUUGCAUUUGGUCACAGAUACAACGCUUCGAUUAUAGCUGUUUCUAGCCUGGGAAGUACAAUAUACAUGAAUCCGCAUAUAGGAAAUCCUAUUCUAACAGCUUCGUAUCCAAACUUUCUACUACCAUACACGCAUAAUAUGGCACUACAUGAGCGAUUUCAUAAUUCACUUUUGAAUUUUGUCACUCUACUGGCUACAACUGCAUAUCAACUGCCCAAUCAACAGGAAUUGGUUGAUAGGUAUUUCACCGAAUCAUUCAAGCAAAAUUCAAUUGAGCCAAUUUCACUCAAUCAACUCGUGAAGGAGGUCGACCUGGUUUUCAUCAAUAGACAUCCUGUGCUUGGAUUCCCAAGACCCCACAUUCCCAAUGUCAUUGAUAUAGCUGGAUUGCAUCUGCAUAAAUUCGAUAACAAUUCCAAUGUGGACAAGGAGCUGAUGAAAAUAAUGGAUGACGCAAUUUCAGGGUUUGUCUAUUUCAGCUUUGGAUCCAACGUGAAUAUGGCUAAAAUGCCUGAGCAGCAGAAAAGUGCCUUUAUGAAAGCGUUUUCACGAAUACCACAAACUGUGUUGGUGAGAUGGGAUGAAGUAACUAUACCGGAUCGACCCAAAAACGUUUACUUUCGUAAAUGGUUUCCACAGCAGGAGAUUUUAGGUCAUAAAAAUUGCAAAGCAUUCAUAACUCAUGGAGGAAUGUUGAGUAUAGAAGAAGCGGUCUACAAUGCUGUUCCGAUAAUAGGAGUGGCAUUUUUUGGAGAUCAACCGAUGAAUGUGCUCAGAGCCGAGCAGUUGGGUUUUGGAUUGAGGCUGGAGUACGAUAAUGUAACUGAAACAUCCUUGUACUGGGCUUUGAACGAGAUUAUUACGUCUACGAGUUACACUGAGGUGGCUGAGAAGGUAUCUUCAAUAUUCCGGGACAGCCCUCAGUCUCCUCUUGACAGAGCUGUCUAUUGGGUGGAGUAUGUUCUGAAGCACAAUGGAGCCGCCCACCUCAAGUGCCACGCCCGGCAUCUCAACUGGAUCCAGUACACUUCAAUUGAUGUCGUAGCGCUAGCGAUUUUUAUAAUUUACCUCAUAUUUUAUUGUAUACGUAAAAUUUAUUCCAUUUUAUUAUCAAGCAACUCAUCAAAGAGGUCAAAACACAAACAGCAAUAAGCUAUUGAAAAAGUGAACAAGAUUGUUGUUCAUCUCAAUCACUAGAGUAAGUUUUAACAAAUAUAGUGAAAUGAAAUUUAUUUGUCUAUGGUUGAAUAAAGAAAAAUACAGAACGAAUGGUUGUGGGAAAAAUUGA